AUGCGGAGGGCUCCGCCGGUGCUGCUGCUGCUGCUGGGGCUGCUGCUGGCGGCGGGACAGGGCGCCGUGAUCACGGGGGCCUGCGACCGAGACCAGCAGUGCGGAGGAGGGAUGUGUUGCGCCGUCAGCCUCUGGAUCCGCAGCCUGCGAAUGUGCACGCCGAUGGGAAAUUUGGGAGAGGAAUGUCAUCCCUUGAGUCACCGAGUCCCCUUCCCUGGGCGGCGGAUGCACCACACCUGCCCCUGCCUCCCUGGCCUGACCUGCCUACGGACUUCUCCCACCAAGUUCAAAUGUUUACCAGACUUCAGAAAAGAAGAUGUCUUUUUUUAG